AUGAUUGUAUUGGAAGCUUUUUACAGAAUGGAGGACCUUAAAUACCUUUACUUUGUGGUGUUUAUUAUGUUAUACAUGCUUAUACUCUUUGCUAAUGCCAUUGUGAUUUUUGUCAUAAUUAUCAACAAAGUGCUUCAUAAUCCUAUGAAUUACUUUCUAUGUAACUUGGCUGUAAAUGGCAUCUACGGUGGCACAGCUUUGCUUCCCCCCUUGCUGGGUACUUUAAUGUCUCCUUCUCAUGAGGUAUCUUUGGCAUGUUGUAAGGCUCAGGUCUACUUCCUUCACACAUAUUCUAUGAUAGAGUUCACCAUCCUGUCUGUGAUGUGCUACGAUCGGUAUGUGGCCAUCUGCUACCCACUGCAGUAUCACAGUAUUAUGACAAUCACAAAAGUGUAUAAACUGAUUGCCUUCUCAUGGGGGUAUCCUUUAGUGGCAUUCGUUAUGUUUUUUAGUUUGACUCUGCGCCUAACAAUCUGUCAAAACCGCCUGGGGAGGGUUUACUGCCUCAACUUUUAUCUGUUCAAAAUGUCUUGUGUGAACACAUAUAUUGAGAACAUUUUGGGACUGAUUUUUGUUGUUGCAAACUCUUUUCCUCAGCUUGCAAUGACUUUCUAUUCAUACAGACAUAUUCUGAAAAUAUGCUUUACUGCCACUAAGGAGUCUAAAAUAAAAGCACUGAAGACCUGCAGUCCACACUUAUUUGCAAUAAUGAACUAUAGUGUGGGAUGUUUUUUUGAAAUUGUACAAAGUCGCUUUGACACAAGUUAUCUUUCCUUUGAAACACAAAUGUUUAUGUCUCUUUAUUUCUUGAUAUUUCCUCCGAUUCUAAAUCCAGUCAUCUAUGGGCUGAGUGUUCAGGCUCUGAGAGACAAUAUUUUUCGACUUUGUGGCUCUGGGAAUAAGUUACUGCCUUUAAAGUAGGAUCUUUGUUAUUUUCAAGGUGAAAAAAAAAUGUCCAUGUCCAAAUGUCCAUAAAUAUUUAUUUGUGGCAAUACACAGCUGACGUUACUAACAAUAAUAUCUCAGUUCAGCUCUCCAUGCAAGAUGAUUUGUUGCCUUCAGAAAGCAUUCAGAGCUUUGAUCAUAAAACUAAGCAAUUAAAUAGCUUACUAAGAUG